AUGGUUAAAGUUCUUUUAACAAACGUUGUUGUACAUAAUAAUCCAGCAAAAUUUUCUUCCAGUUUUAAUUUUGAAAUACAGUUUGAAUGUCUAGAACAAUUAACACACGAAUUGGAAUUUAAACUUAUUUAUGUUGGUUCAGCUGAAACAUGCGAUCAUGAUCAAGUAUUAGAUGUUGUUGUUAUCGAUGCUGUACCAGCUGGAACAUACAAAUUUUUAUUUGAAGCUCCAGCACCAGAUAAAAAUAAAAUUCCUGUAGAUGAUGUUGUUGGUGUCACAGUUGUAUUAGUGAAAGGAAUGUAUCGUGAUCAUGAAUUUGUUCGUGUUGGCUAUUAUGUCUUAAAUGAAUAUGAUGAUCCAGAGCUUAAAGAAAAUCCACCAACAAAACCAGAUUUUGAUAAAUUAUCAAGAAAUAUUGCUGUUGGUGAUCCACGAGUGACAACGUUUCCAAUUAAUUGGGAAGAUAAUCCUGAUUGUUUACCAUUUCCUCCACUAUCAGAAGAAGAUCAACAAAGAAUGGCUGAUGCAAUGCAAUCAGUAUCCGUAGAAAAUGAUGAUAAUAUUGUAAAUCAAUUUGAUAGUAGUCUUGAUGAUCAUUUUAAAUCUUCAACAACGACUACAUUCGAUAAUUUAUCAAUGAUAAACACAAAAACAACGGAUACAACAGCUGUAAUAACAGUCACUGAAAACAAUGGUGAUGUUUUUCAAACAACAGCUGCUUAA